AUUUAUAUAUAUAUAUAUAUAUCAGCAGACUAUAGAAAUGUGUACACUUGCUCUCUACUUAUUAUUUUCAGCAUCUUCACACCCUUCCUUCCUUCUUGAUUGAUCAGUUUUCACUUCUGAGCCCAAAGAGGAAGAAAGAGAAAGAGAAGAAGAUGGAACGUGGAGGAGGCUUCCAUGGCUACCGCAAGCUGCCCACCACCACAAGCUCCUCUGCAGGGUUGAAGUUAUCCGAGAUGAACAUGAGACUAGAUGAGAUCAAUCAUAGUAACCACACCAAUAACAAUCAUAAUACUGCUGACGACAAUGAAUGCACUGUGAGGGAGCAAGACAGGUUCAUGCCAAUUGCGAACGUUAUCAGGAUCAUGCGAAGGAUACUUCCUCCGCAUGCCAAAAUCUCCGACGACGCCAAAGAAACAAUCCAAGAAUGUGUCUCAGAGUACAUCAGCUUCAUCACUAGCGAAGCCAAUGAACGCUGCCAGCGCGAGCAGCGCAAGACCAUCACUGCUGAGGACGUUCUUUAUGCAAUGAGCAAGCUAGGGUUUGAUGACUACAUUGAACCACUGACUGUGUAUCUUCACCGUUACCGUGAGCUGGAAGGUGACCGUAACUCGAUAAGAAGCGAGCCGUUGGUGAAGAGGAGUGUGGAAUUCGGUACGUUGGGGGUAACAGCUGCAUAUGCACCAGGGUUAUAUCCCAUGGGGCACCCGCACGGGUUUUUCGGUGGAGCUGCUGUGGGAGGAUACAUGAGGGAUGGUUCCAAUGCGAGCUCUUCCCAAGCUGCAAUGGCCAAUACCGAAGCAUUCCCGCAUCCAAAAUGAGGUAUAUAUAACGAAGAACGCUACACUAACCAGAUGUAUUGCUAACGUAGGUUAGUGUUUAUUGUGAGUCGUGUAAUGGAAGAACCUAGCACUUGUUUCUGUUUGGUUGGCACUGUACCAAAACAUCAAGGUCUUCCCUAAUCAGAUGCUCUCGGGUAGCUUUAUGACUGUUUAUUUUA